GUGCCGUUAUCGCCGAGUGCAGCGGGGUGGGAAGCGGUCGGUGAGGGAGCCCCGCACGCCGUAGCCGUGUCCUCGCAGCCCCGUGUCCGCCGCCGAGCGUCCGCAGAGAGCCAUGGCGUCUGGUAGCACUGCCGCCAGCGAGGAGGAGCGCAGCCUGCGGGAAUGCGAGCUCUACGUCCAGAAGCACAACAUUCAGGCGCUGCUCAAGGACUCCAUCGUGCAGCUGUGCACGGCGCGCCCCGAGCGGCCCAUGGCCUUCCUCAGGGAGUAUUUUGAGAGGCUGGAGAAGGAGGAGGCAAAACAGAUUCAGAAUCUGCAGAAAGCCGGCACCCGUACAGACUCCAGGGAGGAUGAAAUCUCUCCUCCUCCACCCAACCCGGUGGUUAAGGGUCGGCGGCGACGAGGUGCCAUCAGUGCUGAAGUCUACACGGAGGAGGAUGCGGCCUCCUAUGUUAGAAAGGUUAUACCAAAGGAUUAUAAGACAAUGGCUGCUUUAGCCAAAGCCAUUGAAAAGAAUGUGCUGUUUUCACAUCUUGAUGAUAAUGAGAGAAGUGAUAUUUUUGACGCCAUGUUUCCAGUCUCCUUUAUUGCUGGAGAGACUGUCAUUCAGCAAGGUGAUGAAGGAGAUAACUUCUAUGUGAUUGAUCAAGGAGAGAUGGAUGUCUAUGUCAACAAUGAAUGGGCAACCAGUGUUGGGGAAGGAGGGAGCUUUGGAGAACUUGCUUUGAUUUAUGGAACACCUCGAGCAGCCACUGUCAAAGCAAAGACUAAUGUGAAACUGUGGGGUAUUGAUCGAGACAGCUAUAGAAGAAUCCUUAUGGGAAGCACACUGAGAAAGCGGAAGAUGUAUGAAGAGUUCCUUAGCAAAGUGUCCAUUUUAGAAUCUCUGGAUAAAUGGGAACGUCUCACUGUAGCCGACGCACUGGAACCUGUCCAGUUUGAAGAUGGGCAGAAGAUUGUGGUGCAGGGAGAACCAGGAGAUGAAUUCUUCAUUAUUUUGGAGGGGUCGGCUGCUGUGCUACAACGUCGGUCUGAAAAUGAAGAGUUUGUUGAAGUGGGAAGAUUGGGGCCUUCUGAUUAUUUUGGGGAAAUCGCGCUUCUGAUGAAUCGUCCUCGCGCUGCCACAGUGGUUGCUCGCGGUCCCUUGAAGUGCGUGAAGCUGGACCGACCGAGAUUCGAGCGCGUUCUUGGCCCCUGCUCAGACAUCCUCAAGCGAAACAUCCAGCAGUACAACAGUUUCGUGUCACUGUCUGUCUGAGAUCUGCCUCCUGUCCUCCCUUCUCUCCUCUCCCCAAACUGUGCGUCCCCUCCUGCAGACUGCUCUCCUUCCCUGUUGGCAGCGCCCAGUGGCCACUGGCAUCGCAGCUUCUUGUCUCUUUAUAUUAAAAGUUGCUUUUAUUGCACCAUUUUUAAUUUGGAGCAUUAACUGAAUGCUCAUACACAAAUAAAUAGCCAGACUUCUCUGGAGACUUUGCUGCCACUGCUUCUCUGUGUGCAGUGUUAGUGUUCAGCCCGGGCAGCGAGUGCCAUGCUUUGUGGUGAGGGCCGAUCCCAGCACCAAGUGAACUAUCUUAGAGUCAUGAUGUAACAUGCAAGACUUUCUGUUGUAUGACAUAAUUUUCCAGUUACAAGCAUACUUACACCGUUGGCCCUAUGUGCUGUGUUUCUUUGUAGAAUAAAUGAUUUCUCAUUAAGCUCUGAGGAUUAAGAAAAAUGGCUAUAGAAACAUCUUAGUGUAGUAGAAAGAUAUCUGCCUGUAGUUAAAAUACUUUAAGGGUGGAAAAAUGCCCAUUUUGCUAAUUAUUAGAUGGGUAUGAUCGGUUAAGUUUCCCCUUUUUGUUUGCCAAGCUAAUUUGCCUGAUUUUGUUUGUAUCUUGUUGUUAAAUGUUUCCUCUCCAAUUCUGAAACCUUAAGUCCGGCUAUCUAUACCUUCCUUUUAAGAUCGAAACCAAAUCAUAGACUGCAAAUACAAGGUUAUGUUAUAACUGCACCUGCCUUGGCUCACAAAUUCUGAGUAGACCUUUAUUUAUCCAGCUAGUGCCAAAUACUGAUUGUCAGAUGCUGAGUUGAGAAUAAGAAUUUGAGGUCUACACUCUGGAUUGUUAACUUAGAGCUUUCAGUUAAUGUAUGUCCUUCAGUUGACUCCAGUGAGAUCUCCUGUGCUUGUUGAAUUCUGAUUCCAGGAGAUUGAAUUUACAGAGAAUAGAGACAGAUAGACAAGUGUCAUAACAAAAGUGGAGGUGACACGGCUAAAGGGGGAAGCCAGGAGACGAAGUUCGGUGUAAUGAAAUUUCUCCCACUAAUUUUGUUGGGUCAUGGAAUUUGGGAAGAAGUUUUUUUUUUUACUUUGUUUUAACCUUUUUCUUUUCUUUCUGUGUCAGAGUUUCUGGUGGGUCAGGGGAGUGGUAGGGUUUGUGUAUGCUGUUUCCCGUUGGUCUGAGAGGCUGUCCUGCUGAGAGUCCUGCUUUCCCACCUGACAUUUGUUUCUGGCAAAUUUCUUUUUUUUAAACUAGUGAGUCUUAACUGUAUUUCAGUAUUUUCCAGCCUUAUGUGUUAACGUUAUUCCAGUGAUACUCAACACUUUAUUUUUAUUGUUAUUUUUUUAAACAAAAGUUCAACAGUUCCAUAAUGUAGGCACUUUUAUUUUCAUUGUGAUUUAUAUAUAAUGUAGGGGUACAUUUGGGAGUGACUGCAAACAUUUUUCCAUCUAUGUGCAACUGGCUGUGAUUAUUAUUACCCCCCCCCCCAUCCUUUCCCAGGUAAUUUGAAUUGGUCAUAGUGGUUUGUUUUUUUUUUUUUUUCCUCCCCGUACAUUUGAAAAGCUUUUAGAUUGUUACUUAGUUUGGAGUAUAAAUCUGGGAAAGAGGUUUUAUUUACAUUGCAGUGUGGGAUAGAAAGCCACCAUGUUACGAAAUUUUUAAUUUCCAAAAUAAUCUACAUUGAGUGAAGAUUUUCUGAUCUGUACUUAUCUUUGUGUUUAGCUACCUUUUUAUAUUUAAAAAAUUAAAAAGUUCUGUUCUUAAUAGCUUAAAGCUCGAUUUGAUCUUUGUUUAAAUGCCAAAAAUGUACUUAAAUGAGUUAUUUAGAAUGCCAUAAAAUUGCACAGUUUCGUAUAUGUAUAUAAUCAUGUUCAUGUAUAUUUAGAUACAUAUACUGCUUUCUAAAUGAGUUUUACUAUUAAAUCAUUUGGCUUGCUGUUUACUCCCUUUUGUAGUUUUUAACCUAGCAAGUUUAAAGAUAAGUCUAAAUUCGAAAAUUAUUACCUUUAAAGCUUUAUCUUUGUGCAAUCUAGGUAUCUGUGAGACAUCCCUGUUGGCCUAAUUUGUCUUAGCUGAUAUUCAGGGCUUUAGAAGUCAUUAUUUCUGGGCUUGGUACGUGAAUUAUGAGAUCUGCUCUAGAAAGUGUCGAUGGCCAAAGGACCAUUUUGUACUGUUUCCUGGUUACCAGUCUGAUUAUACUGUGUGUGCUAAUAUACUCUUCUUUUUGUUAUAGAUUGUCCUAAUGGUAGGUCCCAUAAUAAAAAGAGAUUAAAUAAUUUGAA